AGGGUCUGUGGUCUUCGGGUUCAAGGCGUGUUGUCAAUUGUCAGGUUUUGCGUUGCGUUGUCACCGUUUGCUUCGCCACCGAAGCAAGAUUGUUGAGUUGUCAUGGGAUUUGAUGUCCGGAAGAGGCCCACAAUAUACAGUUUUUGCACAUGGUGGUCUCUGUUUUUGUCUGCCGUUCUGGCGAGCGAGACCGAGACGGUAUCCGAGAGCGAUGUCAUAGUCGUUGGAGCGGGGCAGGCUGGAAUGGCCGCAGCCCAUCACCUCAGCGGCUUGGGCCACGCGGUACGCGUGCUCGAAGCUACAGACCACGUAGGGGGGCGCACCCGGAACAUGGACGUGGGUAGCGGUCGGAUGGACGUAGCGACGGAUGACGUCAUCGAGCUCGGCGGCACUUGGUUCAGCCCGAUGCACACCGCAGCAUUGUCUCUCUGUAAGGAGUUGGGAAUCAGUGUGUACAAUGCGAGCUUCACAGAUGCGCCUGACAGAGCCGAGUCCGCGGCCGUUCCAGGGAGGCGCGCGGAAGCAGAGCAGAUUGCAGGAAUCGUUGAGGAUUUGCCUUGGUGGUUCUGGGGCGCGGAGUAUCCUGCGGACCAGAUGGCGCUCCUUGCGAAUACUGUUUACCACGGCGCGGGAGGAAGGUCAUUGUUCCGCACGCCCGCGGAAUUUAUUGCGCGGUUCGCCAAUUUGUCUUUGGCGGAGCUCGGCAGGGCUAAGAAAGUGAUUGGCCGCGCGGUUCGAGAGCUUGGCGAGAAGUGUUGGGAUGUUGAUGGGAUCACGCCCGCUUGGCGCCGCUAUGACGCUGAUACCACGGGUGGUUUUCUGCGUGAUCAAGUCAAGAGCGAGGAGGCGAGGCAGGUCCUGCGGAAUUGCAUCCAUGACCACAACGCACAGGAGCCCGAAGCAGUAUCUUUCUUAUAUAAUAUAAUGUCUUUGAAGGGCUGCAAUAGCGGCGGUCCUGACAAUCAGUUUCGCGUGCGAGGCGGGACGCAGGCAAUACCGUUGGCUGUGGCCGCCAUGCUUGGUGACAAUGUUUCGCUGCGCAGCCCCGUGCGCUCCGUGCUAGCAAGGCCAGGGCCAGUGGCUGGGGGAGUCACGGUACACACGCAGGAUGGCCGGCAAUACCAUGCAGCUGCUGUGGUCGUCACAGGCCCCCCACCUGUCGUGCUAGCCAUCGACUUCACGCCGCCGCUCCCUGGAGCCCAGGCACAGCUUCUCCAGCGCAUGCCAAUGGGAACGUCCUUGAAGUUUGCGGCGGUGUACAGGCAGGGCCCAUGGUGGCGGGAGCUCGGUCUGCAAGGGGAUAUAUUGGCCACUGCGUUGCCGCAGGAUCUCUCCAUGCGGGAGCCAGGUGACGAAGGUAUUCCCCUCUUCGUUGAGUGCUACGAUCAUUCGCCAUUCUCGCGGCGCCUCGGAGUGGUCGUCUGCUUCGUCGAGGGCCGCCAGAACCUGUACUUCACGUCCUUGCCCUCGGCAAUGCAGCAGGCUCUCAUGUUGGCAUUUCUGCGUCAAAGUUUCAACGACUCGCGCGCGGAAAGCUUCGGCCCUACGUUCGUAGCCCAUGAUUGGAAGGACCAGCCGUACGCCCGCGGAGCGUACACUGGCUUCUUCACGCCAGGGGUACAGUCUGUCCCUGAGUAUUGGCAUGCCUACAAAGAGAUGGAAAAGCUCCCCGGCGUGUUUCUCGCAGGCUCGGACUACCACACUGGUUUCGGCAAUGGCUACAUUGAAGGUGCGAUCCGCAGUGGGAAGCGGGCGGCGGAGCUGGUUCAUGCCCGGUUGACGACGCAGCGGGUGUCAGCGUCUUCCGAGAAGGUGACACCAGAGUCAUCGGUGGUGAUGAUUUGAUUGGAAACACCAGGAAAGUUGAAAGAAGGCUCAGCCGUUUCUACAUGCGUUCCUAUGGAUUUCCGCUCCUACUGGACUAGGGAGUGUAUGCAUCGCGCGAGUAGUGAGCGAUAGCAGCGGUGGCGGGUUUUAUUGGGGGUCGGUGCCGCUGCUUUUCCCUGCUUCUUGGAUCUCCCUCCGCAUUUGGACGGAUCCAAGAGCAAUGCUCAGAACAUGUGUCAACGUCGAUGGCCUGGUUCAGAUGGUCGCGGAUGCACCGCCUGUGCAUCGGCGACGCGGCGCGAUCCAGAGCCCGAUCCUCUCCGUGCCGACGUCCUCGAUGUGUCGACGGUGCACCGGCCAUGGCGGCGCAACCCUCCGACCCCAUCUUUCGGAGACUACGAACGGUGUGGUUAUGCCGGUGUUUGGUUUCCAAUCUGCG